GAAGUGGCCCGGUCAGCUGUUGUCUUAUGUGUUGGACCCACUGUUGAGAGGGUCGCGGCGUCCGGCUGGGUAAGGCCUGGUCCGAGGGUCUGGAGAGGGAAACUUGAGCUUAAGCCGGGGCAGCGAGAUGGACAUUCUGAAAUCGGAGAUCCUGCGGAAGCGGCAGCUGGUGGAGGACAGGAAACUGCUGGUGGAAAAUAAAAAAUAUUUCAAACGUAGUGAACUUGCAAAAAAAGAAGAGGAAGCAUAUUUUGAAAGAUGUGGUUACAAGCCUAUAAGUGAGAAGCCAUCUGGAGAGAUACAGCCAAAAGAGGAGGACCAGGAACCAUUAACAUCAUCAAAUCCAGUAUUGGAACUUGAACUGGCAGAAGAAAAGUUACCCAUGACUCUUUCUAGGCAAGAAGUUAUCCGAAGAUUGAGAGAAAGAGGAGAACCAAUCAGACUAUUUGGAGAAACUGAUUAUGAUGCCUUUCAACGUUUAAGAAAAAUAGAGAUUCUCACACCAGAAGUUAACAAGGGAUUGAGGAAUGAUCUGAAAGCAGCUUUGGAUAAGAUUGAUCAACAGUACCUCAAUGAACUUGUAGGUGGUCAAGAACCCGGAGAGGAAGACACACAGAAUGAUUUGAAAGUUCAUGAAGAAAACACCACAAUUGAAGAGUUAGAGGCAUUGGGAGAGUCUUUAGGAAAAGGGGAUGAUCAUAAAGAUAUGGACAUCAUUACCAAAUUCCUUAAGUUUCUUCUUGGUGUUUGGGCUAAAGAAUUGAAUGGCAGAGAAGAUUAUGUGAAACGCAGUGUGCAGGGUAAACUGAACAGUGCCACUCAAAAACAGACUGAGUCCUAUCUCAGACCCCUUUUCAGAAAGCUCCGGAAAAGGAAUCUUCCUGCUGAUAUUAAGGAAUCCAUAACAGAUAUCAUUAAAUUCAUGUUGCAGAGAGAGUAUGUCAAGGCUAAUGAUGCAUAUCUUCAGAUGGCAAUUGGAAAUGCCCCUUGGCCCAUUGGUGUCACUAUGGUUGGUAUCCAUGCCAGAACUGGUAGGGAAAAGAUUUUUUCCAAGCAUGUUGCACAUGUUUUGAAUGAUGAAACACAGCGGAAAUAUAUUCAGGGAUUGAAGAGGUUAAUGACCAUUUGCCAGAAGCACUUCCCUACAGAUCCAUCAAAAUGUGUGGAGUACAAUGCACUAUGAGCUGUAUAGGAUGUGUUAAUUAACAGUAGGAAACUGUCGGGAACAUGGUACCUGGGAACAUACUUCUGGAAUUACCAGCAGGAAUGAGGGGAGAAGAAAACAGAGUUCCUAGUCUCUGAGUUCUACCUAAUGUAACUCUUGUUUUUAAGAACUGUGUUGGCUGUCAUAUCACAUCUGAUUGCAAACUGUUUUUGUGUCUUGCUUUUAUUUUAAAUAGGUGAAAAAUUAAGUUAUAAAGAGUUUUCUAAGUUCAGAUGACAGUUACAGAAGGGGGUUUAAGAUGAUUUUUCCCUGAAGACCUGGAAGUUGCAGUUAGAUGAUUAUAAAGGAACAUUUGAGGAUGGACUUAAUUAUUUCUGUAAAUAUGGUAAUUUUCCCAUUGCCUUUUAUGUAGUGUUUAUAAAAAAUAUUUUUAUAUAUUUCAACAAAAAUGUGGAACUAUUUAUGAAGUUUUAUAUCCUUAAAUGUUGCUGAACCUUUACAAUCUUGAAGUAGAAUGUGAGUGCAAAUGAUACUGCUGUUACCUCAGGUGUUAUUUUUCUUGCAUUUCAAGAAGCAUUCCUGCUUUUAUCUUCUAAGGAUUGUAAAUUUUAGUGUUUGUCAUCUCUCAGGACAGGUAGAAUUAACAGAAAAUAGAAGUUUAGAAAACAAAGAUGGUGUAUUAUGCCAACAGAAGUUCAAAAUAGGUAGCCCCAGUGCUUCGAGGUUGGAGGUGAAAAUGGAUUUAUUGUCAGCCAAUCAAGAAUGGGGCUGUUUUGCUGGUACUGGGUCUUCCCAGAAUAAGCCUGCCUGCGAGUUUUCCCCUCGCGAGGACUGUGGUGGACUGUGGUCCCGGCUGCAUCUGGCCGGGCAGAAGAGUGCUCUUGUCAUGCCUGGGACAGGGGGUCCUGGGGCUGCUGUUCCACCACCGAGGACUUCUUCUGAAUCUCGGUGUCUUAUCCAGAUAAUUGUGAUGAACUGCUCUGCUUUAGAAGUUGAGAGGACUCAGUUAAUGGAGGAAGGUGGGUAAACAGAAUGUUACCUGACAGGUGGUGUGCUGGUAUCUGAUAGCAGUGGGAGGGGGGCUCCAGAGUCAGAACUUCCUAGCUUCAGAUUUCAGCUCUCAACCCACUAACUGUGACUGUGGAAAAGUAACUUGAUCUUCCCUAAGCCUCAGUUUCCUUACCUGCCAAUAGUCGUUAGUAAUAGUAGCACAUACCUCAUAGCGUUAUUGUUGUGUUUAAGUAAAAUAAAAUGCUUAGCACAAUACCUGGCAAAUAGUAAGAGCUCGGUAAUUAUUAGUUGUUGUGUCCUGUUGUUCUCCUUAUUAGAGUGUAGCCAAAGUCACUUUUAGGAAUCCUGUGGUUGGGGCAGUGUGUCCUCACACAGUGGGCACAGGGCACACACAGUAACAGUGGUUCCCAAAAUAGGAGAAGUAGAAACGCUUAUUAAGCAUUUAUUGUAGCCAGGCGCACUAUAGCUGUUCACACUUUCACCCAGUUCUGAGUUUAGAAGGGUAGAGAAUGUGGUGGGAGUGAGUCAGCUGAGGAGGUGGAUGCUGACUCACACUCACUCUUCUGGCCCCUCUUGGAAAGGCUUGAAAACCAGUUUUGGUCACUUGUGGUCUGUGGCUGUACUCAUCUGGUUGUUUCUGCUGGUUUUGUGCAUGAUGGUGGCUGAAGUCUGCUGUCCUGAAUUGAGUCAGGGUUCCUCUCUCCCCACUUUGGAAACCAUUUCUUUUUAGAUUAGUUAGAGUUUAGGGGGAAAGCUUACUAGGGCACAUGAGAGACAGACUUUCAUGAGAUGUGAUAACAAUCUAGACUUUUGCUAUGCCUUGUGUAGUACUUGUUUAUAAAUAUUGUUGAAUAGGCCACAGCAUGGCAGUCAGUUUUAUGGUGUCUUUCCAUUUGCUGUUAAUACUCCACAUAAAGAAAAAUCUGUACCCUGGGACCCCAGUCACCUAAAAUCGAUCAGUAUGGACAGAUGGUUUAAAGAGAGACUGUGACAUGUUCUACAGUGCAGUGAAGGUUAAACAUUUUGGGCUUGGGUAGAAAGAGGUAGGUUUAAAGAUGUAGACCUUCUCAUAGAACAGUUUUCCUUUUCCCUGAGAUUAAAGCUCUUGCAGUGACUGUAAGUAAUCGUGUGGAUAUAUAGAAAAAUGACCUCUUGUGUUCUUCAGAUCAUAAAAAUUUUAGUUCAGCAGAUAGUACAUAUUUCUGUGUUUAGCUAUUUUUGAAACAAUAAAGGCUUAUCUUUUCAAAUCAUUCACAAUCCUGAAAUCACUAAUCUUCCCUUUAUUCAUCCCCAUCUGCCCAGGCAUCUAACAAGAGGAGUUGUCUUUCUGGACUCAAAUGUAGUGGUGUUCCCUCCAAAGUAAAUGCCGCACUUGUAGGAGUGUUCCUGCAGCUGUGGAGACUGAGCGGUACUUUGCAGCCUUGUGACACAGCCGUGGCAAUCUGGAAGCCACAGCGGUUUUGGGGGAAAAUUGGGAAAUAAAGCUGAUGCUGUAUAGGGAGAGGGAGAGAGGAUCGGGCUGGUGGGAUCUGUGGGAAGAAGGGGGAGGUCCUGAGGGGCCAGAGCUAGGAAGGCAGUGUCACUCAGAGUUAGAGCUGAGUGCAAGCUGCAUAACCCAGGGUGGGCUGGGAUGAGUGGGGCGCAGGCGUGAAGGAGGGCCACCUCCUGAUGUGGGCUUCCUCCUCCUGGGGAUGUUCUGACCUACUUUCCUUUAGGUUGCCUGGGAUUUGACCUCAGUGAAUACUUGAGAAAUAUAGCCAUCUUUCUAUUGGAAGUCUAUUCUGAUAGUAAGUAGCUUAGAAAAGAGUAAAAAAAAGUGUUUCAGAGUAUUCAGUGAAUUUGAAUUUGGGGCUCUCUACUGCUGCUCCUUUGCAGCCAUAUGGUAACCCCUGUAACACUUGUUAACAUGGAACUGGGCGGGUGGCUUCAGUGGUGGGGCAGCGGUCAGCUGAGAUGUGCUUUGGCCUUGCCUGAGUAUUAAAAGAGCACAACUGAGUGGGUUGUCACGCCCCCAGCCCCACCCCUCAGUAUAUUCUCAUGAAGCCUCUGGAAGGAUAACUUUAUCCCACAGCAGUCACAUGGAUUGUGGAGCUGUGAAAGCACUUUCUCACAGCGUAUUUCUGUAAGUUUCCAGCUGUUCAGCGGGAGCAGCCACCAGUCCUGGAGGGUCGCCAUGGGAACACUGUUAAGGCAACUGGCUUUCAUAGCAGACUCUGCAGCUACAUUGGCUGAAUUACAGCCACACACUAGUACUUUAAUGGUUAGCAGUUACCUUAAAAUCUUUUGAAAUUUCAAAGUAACUCUGGUGAUACCGAGUAGCUAGGAGAAAUGCAGUUGGUUAGCAGCAGCGGCUAUGGUGUGAGCUGGCCCCAUUCAGGAUUUUGGAACCACACUCAUUUAAAAAAAAAGUUUUUAUGUUUACUAGAACAGUUUAUUAUGAAAGCAUUUGAUGACUGACUUGUUUUUCCCACUGUAAACUCUGUGGUAGUUUAUACAACUUGCUUAAACUAGUCCUUGUGUUGCCAACAGUGGUUACUCUGUUUAACAAGGCUAUUUCCUUUUGUUUAGUUUCUCCUUCCUGUCUUUAGGCACCAGCUUGGAAGUGAUUGCCAGCCUUCUCAGCUCUUUCUUACAACGUUCAACUUGAACGCGUACUUCCGUGGAGAGCGGUUAAGAAGGAAAGCAGCUUUGUGCAGUGGGCUUGACUGCAGAGCUGAGCUAGCAGGACGCUCACCACUCCCCGUCCGUUCGGUGUGUCCAGGCCCACAGAGAGCCAAGGCAGCUCUGCCAGCCACCACUCCCGACUUCAUCGCACUGGGAACAUCUUCCCCGGGUGAAGAGCUUAUGCUGAACAAGAAUAUGACCUGAUGUCUGCCUUCCUUCAUGAUCUACCUUCUAGAGACUCUCUGUUGGAAAAUGAAUUAACCACAGGGCUCCCUUUUCCAGUACUGCUCACCAAGUUCUGAGCAGCUAAACUUAAAGGCAGCCAGCCCUGGAUUCCUCUGGCCCAGGGUAAAGGACUCCCCAGAUCUGAACGGACUGCCAAAGCCACUGUGAUCUUGCAUCCAGAAGCAGAUGACACCGGACCAGUCCCAUAUGACUUAAAGCUUGAUUUCCAACUUUGUUCGUCACCAUGAAAAUCACCAUGGUGGAUUAAUCAGACUCUUCCACUUACCUGUUUUUCCCUCCUCUAUGCCCUUUUCUGUUGCUCCUUAACCUGGGAAGGAAAUGCCCUUGUUCAUUUCUCCCCAGUGGCUGCCGAGGGAGGUAAUGUUGCUGGGUUUCUCUUUUCAGUUAGAGAUCCUCUAGUUCUGUCACUAAUAUCACUGUGAAUACCUAGGUUCCCUUUGAAAAUGUCAGCUACAGAGCUAAGUGUUUGCAGUCAGGCUACCCAGGGCUUUUUUUCGUUUUUGUGAGGCAUUUACAACAACUCUAUCUCAGGCUAGGAGAUCACCUCCCCAAUGCACCAAAAAAAACCCUAACUGACCACUGGCUUGAAUGGGCAAAUGUACCAAUCUAGGAGAGCCAAUCUGUCAGCAAGGCUGUGGUUUGUGCCCUGACAGGACUUCCCCUUCAGAUAGUGGUCCCCUCUGCUUGGCCUGUGGAUGCUUAGAUGACUGGUAUGUCAUGUAUGUUAGGGCAGUGCCUCUAACUUUCCACAACCAAACCAACACCUCACUGGGAACUCCCCUGAAUUGACAGCCUCAAGUUAGAUUACAUACCAGGUUUUCUUAAUUCAGGAUUUAACUCCUUUGGCAGAGCCCUGCUUCUCUGCUAGGAGCAUGUGCGAAUUGGACUGGGAUCAGAACCCCUCUUAAACCCUGGGAAACAUAAGGCCUCAGUAGCCCAACAGAAAUCCCUAGACUCCAGCUGGAGUUGUCCUCAGUUCUCUUAGCUGAAUGAGGUGUCUGCAGUCACCACCACUUGUUGGAUUAACACUCCUGGGGAAGUUGAGGUCCAAGAACAAACCCAUUGUUUAUAAAAGUUGGUCACGAGUCCAGUUUGACGCACCUUGGAAUUUUGAUUUAUUCAGCUGUUUACCAGCAGGAUUGGGCCCUGGUUUAAAUCUGUAUUAUAAUUUGGUCUUUGCUCUUUGUCAUUUUAUUUUGUGUUCUGAUUUUUUAAAGUACUCAGGUGAUGUCUGUCUAUCCUUUGUAAAAAUAUACCUAUGACAUACCUUUUUGAAGCUUUGGGCAACAUCAGUCUGACAGAACCCUUGGCACAGUCUCUCUGCCCUGACCCUUUAACAAGUUGCUCAAAUGUGGCCUUUUGGUUGCUGCUACUCCCCCAAAGCUUCUCUUACCCUGAAAAAAGGUUCAUUUACUGCACCAUAAAGAAAAAUAGACAAAAUGGUUAAUGAGUGAAAAGGCAAAGUCCAUGCAGACUAGACAAAUGCCUAGCAAUGUAUUGAGUGGUUAGUGCCUCCUAACAGACUUGAGCUCUUAGUCAAGUAGAGACCUUAUAGGAAUUUACAGCACUUCUCAGAAAUCAGCAGAGAUGACCAGCCAGGUUUUUGUUCAAGCCAUCUCUGGACUUCCUUGUUCUAACUCAGCUCCCCUGAUCCAGAUAAUGCAGAACUGGGCUUUGAGGGCUGUGUACAACAUCUUUCAUCAAGAAAGACCACUCCUGAACAAUGUGGCUGAUUGAGAGUGGGGAAGGUGGACCCAGAGGAUAUAACACACAGAAUCUUAUGCAUGUACCUCAGAAAAAUGGAUUUGCUAAAAGACUGAUUUCCCAUAAAUGCCUGAUUUUCAGAAAAAGACCAAGACUUCCUGACCAGUAAACAUCUAUCUGCCAAGCAUCUCUUCUAUCCUCAAGCCAGUGAACUUAGUGUUUGGAUUGGCUGGACAGCACCCUAUUUGCACACCUUGCUUAUAAAUAUAGCCUACUCCACACACUUAACUGGACUUACCUGUGGCAUGCAUUUCCCAAACUGCAAUUCCUUUUCUAUUACCAAAUAAACUCAAUUUCUGGCCAUUUGAGCUUACUUCAGUUUACCCCUUACUUAGGUUGACAGCCAUUAUGGGGAUUGUUCCAGUUAGACCACUUGGUUCAUUUAACUGCACUUGAAAGCAGGGGCUCCCAAAUCAAACAGCAGGAUACCUGUGUUUGCUGGCCGGCAGAAGCCUCCAAGAUGUCCAGAUAGCUAUUGCAAAAAGCUAAUGAAAACGAUAUAAGCAGUAGGUAAGACAGACAUGAUUCCUAUGUUUCCGUCUCCUCGUCCUAAGCACUCACGGUCUGCUGAUCCAUAUGAAUUUCCUUUCCACGCUGAAGAGAUUACCCAACUGUAAACAAAGGCCUGUCAGUGGCCUUACAGACGUCCCCAAUCUAUCCCUGAAGGAGGGCUUCCCUCAGAGCUGAUGGGACUGAGGGAUUCUUCUAUAACUACUCCCACUUAUUCCCUUAAACAGCCAAAGGGAAACUAAAAUGAAAACAGGAAGCCUUGCCAAACUGGCAGAUACUGGGGCUAUACUGUUUAAGCUCGACUCACUUUGGAGCCUAUAGAUAGGAUCCUGGGAAAACCGGCAGAAGCUGGUGAAGGCUGAGCGUCCUUACGAGAGCCGGCUUUCCAGCACCCAGUCGAGAGAGGCAGGCAGAAUUUCAAGUUGCCCCCAGACGGGCUGGUUAUCGGCAUUUUCCUCUCUCUCUUUCCAUUUGCACCUUUGAGGAUACACCUCUUACAUCUCUAUGGAGUCAUCCAGUACUGCCAGGAAUAUUUGUGCCUGUCCCAGCUAAAACUUGACAAGAGAGUUGAAAGGAUUUUUAAGUAGCUGUAUGGUCAGAAGUUGGCCAUACUGGAAGCUGAUAUUCAGAACCUGAUAAACUAUUACCUGGGGGUGUGGGGGAGGAUCCGGGGGGAAUCCCCAGAACAUUCCAAAGACUAAUAGCUGUAAAUCUAGAGCACAGCAAUCUCUUGAUUUCUGUGUUUUAGUUGACCAUCUUGUCCCUGAUAGCAGCAAAUGGAAGAUAAUGUCAUUGGACGGGUGGGUCAGCCUAUGGUGGUACUCAGGAAGCAACCUGAUUUUUGUAGCAAGUGAAAAUAACUGUCCUGGCCUCACAGGCCGAGUCUCUAGCAGAAGAAACACAGCUCUGCAAGCAAUUCAGAGCCCACCUAUCCACCUAUCCUGCUUGCAGCAAUCACAGUAACCUCCCUGGUGUGCUGUAUUCUCUCAGCAGCUGCAAACCACCAAGCAAGUGAUCGCCCUCAGAAUGUCAGGAAAGGAACAGAGGAAACGGCCAACUUAACGGACGGGAACCCAGCAUCUUGAGCUAUGACCACCACACACAGACUCAGUAACUGCAAGAAUUCCAUAACUUUAGCUGGAAGUAACGCUGAUGCCUUCACUGUCUAUCACCUCUCAGGCUGAGAGUCUGAUCAAAAGGGGAGAAUUUAAAAAAUGAGAGAACAGGCCCAAAAUAGAGUCCCUUCUGCUAAACCCCACACCACCAAACGAAGACAUAAGUGAUACUUUUGGCUCUCUCAGAAAUGGCAUCUUCACCCAGUCAAUCAGGAAUCGAUCAUCUGGCUAGCACCAGUUAGGGCAUCUGCCUGACAGACCCCUGCCACCUCCUGAAGGAAGUGACCUCUCAAUAGCCAGCCUGCUGCUUUGCCUAGUCUGACCUUGUUCCCCUCUGUGCAUAAAGGUGUCCAUUUUGUAUAGCUCCUUCAGGGCUCCUUUUUGUCUUUUAGAUUAAUUCUUGAAUAAAGCCAUUGAGAUCUUCCAAA